UUACAGUUUACAGACGACGGCGACGCUGAGUUUGAACACUACUACAUUUUUUAAAAGUUGACCGACUUGACGUCUCUAAUUUGUGAUCAGAUAAACAGAUUUUAAUUUGUUAAUUACCAAUUACGUCCUUCCACUAAGCAUACUGACUUCAUUUAAAAAAAUGGAAAACUCCUCUAGAAAUGUGGUCGAUGACUUAGAUUCGACUGUCCUCCGACAUCAGGUUCAGAGAUAUUUCAAUGAAUUAAACCAAGAAGGUGGAAGUCCUCUUAAUAUGGAGUUUUUAAGUAUGAAGAGGAAACCAGCAAGCAUGGCUGUCUCUACCUCAUCCUUGCGGACUUCUACGUUGGAUUCUUUUCUUCCCAAGAAAAUUCGCUUUGAUUCUAGUGUUACUGGAGAAAAUUCUUUUACAGGAGAAUCUUCUCUUUUUUCUAAAAGAAAUGCAGCUGAAUCGUUCAGCCAAUCACUUAAUAAGUCAACAAAGCUAGAUGUUGGAGCCCAGUAUGAACAGAAAUUAUCAGAAAAACAGGCCAACAUUCUUGAAUUGCAGCAGAAAAUUAUCAAGACAGAAAUGAAAUUGAAUAAUUUUGUGACAGCCAAGGAUCAACUCGAGCAUGACCUGUCAAAUUUGAAAGAGACAUGCAAGACCAAAGUUAAACAUUAUGAAGAUAAAAUUGAUGAUCUUUAUGUGGAAAUCAAGCAACUUCAUCUAAAAAAUGAACAAUUGUCUAAAGAAAAUCUAUUGAAAACAGAAGCAGUUGAGCAAAUUAAGUUACUUUCUGCGGAGGAAAAGCUAUCAUGUAGUAAGGAACUUGCUGUAUCAGAACAGAAAAUCAUUGAUAUUGAACAAGGGUAUGAAGAAAAAAUCAAGAAGUUAGAACUCAAAUUGGAAAAUGCUCUAUUGAAAGUAAGUCAAUAUCAAAUGGAAGCAGAGGAAGCGAAAAAUCAACUUAAACUUAAAGAAAGAGUGGUGAGCCCAUCAUCCAACCAUCAGGUAGUUAUUGAGCAGCAGAGUCAAGUAAUAUUGGAAAUGCAGAAUGCACUUUUUGCUCAGAGAACAACUUUUUCUCAAUCUCAAGAAGCAAAACUAUCUAGAAUUCCCCAGUUAGAAAAAGAGCUUCUGCAGCUGCAAGAGACCAAUAAAUUAUAUCGAGAAACAGCUGCAAAUGAACUGCUGUUAAAGGAGAAAAUAUCUGCCUUGCAGGAGAGUGUUCAAAGAUACAAGGAACAGUGUCAAGCUAUACCUGAUUUACAGGGAGAGAUUAAAAAAAUGGCAUCGCACCUCCGUGACUGGGAAUCCAUGGCUAGUCGCUUAUUUGAUGCAGAUAGUCUCUCUAAAGUUCAGACUCAGGUGGAGGACAUGAGGCGAAAGGAGCUCAAGCUUACUGAUGACCUGGGGAACCUCCAGAUUGAAAUAAAUUCCUUGAAUAGAGCAAAUGUAACCUUAAGAGACCAGAUUGAAACAUUGAAAAAUGUAGCCAAGGCAAAAGCGGACCUAGAAGACCGCAUUAGAAAACUUGAAAGAAAACUAAAUGUUGUUCAAAAAGAUCGCGAUCAUUACCGAACAAUAAAUGAAAUGUACGAAGGCGAGAUGACACGUAUAGGAGCUCCAGCUACGGCGUCAACGGAGACAAAGAAAAUUGCCGAACUUGAACGGCUGUUGGAUGAAUAUCGGGAGUUAGUUUCAUCUCCAGGUACUACACCCCCGGCUAACAAUGAAACAGUAAGCAAGCUGACACAAGAAAAAGAACAAUUGACCAAAGAAGUGGCUGAACUGAGACAGUUUAUCAACACUUUAAAGGCUCAGUUAGAGCUUGCCGAGUCAAAGAGUGUGGCCACCGAUACUAGAGUUAUCCACUUUACCAACAAUCCUUUGGAUAAUGUUCGCCGAAAAACAUUGGAGCAAGUUUCAAAACUUGAGAAAGAGAACGAGGGUCUACGGGAAAGAGUUCGUUUGAUGGAAGCUGGUCAUUCCCAAAAUCUUACUCUAAUGGUCGGAGAUCACUUUGAACAGGGAUGUACACCCGAACGCUUGAAAGAACUAGAAGAGAAACUGAAAUCUAGUGAAAUGAUGAACCAACGCAUGGAAGAAGUGUUUAAAAAAUAUUGCUCUGAAUUCCGCAGAGGAGUGUUUGAACUCUUUGGUUAUCAGGUGGACAGUAGCGAUGGAACAUUUACCCUUAGAUCUGUGUUUUCAGAGUCGAACACUGAUAGCCUCUGUUUUAAAUACGUUGACGCCGGCUUGAUGGUUAUGGAUACUCCGUACCUCCACACCAUCGACGAUUUAGUUCAACUUCACAUAACCAACCAAAAGUCAAUUCCCGUCUUCCUUUCUUCCCUCACGAUUGAACUUUACUCCCGUCAGUCGAUCAACUCAUCCGCAUAUCCUUCCGUGAUGGAUACUCCGAGCUGAAUUUUUUAAUUUGUCCUCUGAAUAUUUGUGUUCGUUAAGAUUUGAAUAAACCGAAAUAAACUUUU